UUCAGCUUUGCCACAUGUCCUUGAUGCCAUCAGAAAAGCUCAAAAUCAACAUCUUCAGUAAUGCACAGCUGAAAAACGCUGGUUUUGUUGACAAGUGAUUCCAGAAGAAGCACCAACCAUUCUUGGCAUAUCCAUCCAGGAAUGUCCAUUCCUGUCUCAGCUCCAAGAACUUCAGCUGUCAGACCUACCCGAUUGUGUAUGUAAUGCCAUGAUACCCAAUGCCAUGUUCAAUGUUCAAUGAUAUGCCUACAAUUGAAUAAGAAGUCAAGGUAACAUAGGCUCUGUUCUCUGUUUCCGCACUGAUGUUCUAAGCAGCCAAUUAGCCUCCGUGGACAGAGAACAACAGAGUGAUAUUCACUCAUUUCAUCCAUUCCUUUAGAGAAAUGACUCAUUAGGUAAUAAAUGGUUCUGGAUAGCACAGACACCUCCACACGUAUCUGGGACAAUCCACUGAAGUCAUCUGCUUACGGGGAUUUUAAGUGUUUUGUUUCAGAUCCCAUCUGUCUCAAACACCAGUGGAAGAACGGACUGGAACUUUGGCAUCUUUUCUGUUUUUGCCGAACUGCAUGAGUUUACAAGUCCUCAAUCCCAACUUCUCCAGCGAAAGUGGCCUGAAUGUUUGUCUGGAUGGUUAAACUCCCAAUAAUAUUACUGUGCCACGCACUGACAUGCGCCACUUAUUUUUCAUUUCCGUUUUUUUUUGUAGAAGGAAUCAUUGUCGCUGCUUAUCUCAACCAAAGUGGCACAGUUGACAUUGAGCUCUGGAGCAUUGAAUGACACAGAUGACCUCAAC